UGCUUCCCUCCCCUUCCUUUCCAGUGAGAAGCCACUUCCCAAAGACAACACACUGGGGACUAAGCAGAGACGAACAGAGUCCAGGAGACUGACCAAGUGGGUCAAAAUGCUAAAACACUAUAGCAAGUACCAUGACAGUGAGAAGUUCCAUCAACGCAUUUUUAAGGGAAUCCCUGGUCAGGUGCGCGGGAAGGUGUGGAGGCUACUCCUGGGUGUGGAUGCAAAGAAGGCCCAGAACCCAGGCAAAUUUGAGGAGCUUAAAGAGCAAGCCAAGCUGCGCUCCAAUCAAUUUCAUCAAAUUGAUUCUGCGGUGUGUUGGACAUUUAGAAACCACCUCAUGUUCCAAAAACGAUAUGGACUAAAGCAGCGAGGUUUGUUCGAAGUCUUGAUGGCCUAUGCCAUGUAUAAGCCGGAGGUGGGCUAUGGCCAGGGCCUGAGCCACAUAGCGGCCCUGCUGCUCAUGUGGCUAGGUGAGGAGGAUGCAUUUUGGGCUCUGGUCCAGCUCAUGGAGAAGGAAAAAUACUCAAUGGAUGGUCUCUACAAACCUGGAUUGCCACAGCUGGAAAAGCUCCAGGAACAUCUGGGUGAUACUGUGCAGUGCACAAUGCCCACUCUCUCAAAACACCUGGAGGAGCAGGGAGUGAGCCUCAAGACCUGCACCACACACUGGUUCACCCAGUGUUUCCUGGAUGCUGUAAGUGCCCACUCCUCCCUCAUCCCCGGCCCCACAAACCAGGAACCUCUUUCACAAGGAAGCUCCCACCACAGUGUCUGGCUCUCCCAACCCUAUAUCCAAUUGCCCAAAGUAGAGCUGAGCUCGUAUAGCCCAACAGACACAGUAGCACGCUGCCUGUGCACACAAUACAGACCCAGAAAAGCAGAGGCUGGCCCAGGCUGA